CAUAGCUAGGGAUGCAGCAAAGAGAGAAAAUCAAGGAUUUUCACAAUAAAUUAAUGAAAUCCUCACGGCCUUAGGAAGCAAAAAUGAUGAUGAAUCCUGAUUGCUAACCUUUAGGAUGUAAUGUGGGGGAAAAUGAGCGCCUGUUUCCUUUUAUUUCCUUCUUCUUUUUAGCAGACCUGAAGAAUAGAGCCUGUUGCUGCUGUAGCUGAUGCCCUUCCCCCUCUCGUUUCCACCUCCUUUCAGUCUUACACACAUACACAGACGCUGUCACAUUCACACACGCGCGCAAAUAUUUACAGUGACACACCGAAGAAAUCAACACACAUUUUCCUACAAACCGUACGCGCGCACACACGUACUUCGGCGAGCGCCCACGUCCUCUCUCACCGACAGACACAGGCAUUUACACUCAUAGGCCAGGAAAGCGCUAACCACGGUCCUGUGACUCCACGCAGGUUCCCAGAAUACGCCUUUUACAUUUUUACUGAACCGAUCAGCGAACACAGACAAACCUGCCAACACUUAAGUCUACUCGCUGGAUUUCAUCUCCAUGACAACAAGCAUGGAAGUAAACAGGAUGUUAAGAUGAUGUUUCCUCCUGAGGCCAAAAGUUGACUGCAGUAGGAAUUUUGAAGAGCCACAACGAUGUGCCAGUGAAUAAUGAGUAGUACCUACUGUGGCAAUUCUUCAGCCAAGAUGAGCGUCAACGAAGUUUCAGCUUUCUCAUUGACUCUGGAGCAAAAAACUGGCUUUGCUUUUGUUGGGAUUCUGUGUAUCUUCUUGGGACUUCUAAUUAUCAGAUGCUUCAAAAUUCUCUUAGACCCAUAUAGUAGCAUGCCUUCUUCUACAUGGGAAGAUGAAGUUGAAGAGUUUGAUAAAGGGACGUUUGAAUAUGCACUCGCCUGAUUUCCAGCUUUAUGUUUUUCAUGGUUGAGCUAUUGGGACAUGUGGUGGCUACAUUUGUAAUUACCCUGGGUAUGCUGAGAGAAACUCAUUACAUUCAUUGAAUUCAAUAAAGAUCUAUGAUUGAUUUAUCCACUGUGCUAUGUAGAUGAUAAACCACGGUUAGGAUUACUCACUUUUCUCUGUCCCUGCAUCAAGGUAUCUAAUGAA